AUGCCAUCCAUAUUUCUCUUCUUAUUGUUAUCAUUUCAGCAAAGAAUAAUUGAUUAUGUUCGUAUGGGGUGGCUAAAUAUAAACAUUCUAGUCAAAUUUUACAUACCAUUAGAUGGAAACAUUUUUUUUUCUCCAAAUGAAUCACUUCAACUGUUCAAUUUUGGAGAUAUUGUAUUUAUUUCUGGUAAAUACGUAGUAGAAAAUCAUGAGGAGUGCGUGACUGUCACGUAUGCUAAUAUCAUCGAUAUCAGGAAACCUGAACGUGAAUUUGAUAUGACAAGUGUUUCCUCUAUGAGAUUUAAGCAUUUAGACUUAUUGGGAAUUAAUAUUAAAGUAACAAAUAAUUAUCUUAUCUCAGGAUUUAUCAAAUUCUCUGAUUCUAGUAAAAUGCUAAUAGAAGCAACAGAUAUCGAUUAUUCAAAAUCUUCAAUAUAUAAUCUCACAGUUCCCGAAAUUUCAUUCGAUAAAAUACAAAAGACUUAUUCGAUCAUUGACAUUAUAGCUGAUGAUUCUAAAUCCACAGAAAUUAAACUGAUUUUUGAACAAAAAAGUAAUAUGAACUUAGAAGCUGAGAAUGAUAAUGAAGAACAGCAAAGUAAUCAUAAAGAAGCUGAGAAUGAUAACGAAAAACAACAAAGUGAUUAUGAAGAAGAAAAAGAAAUACUUUCUAAUAAAGAU